AUGACGGCCUCUGGGCGCCAAGAUGAAAAUCUGAUUACCAUUAAAGUUGAAGUGAAGGAGGAAGCUGAAGGAUCCUAUGUGAGUGAUGAUGAAUCAUGUAUGGAGGAAGAAUUCCCUCCAGAGAUCAGCACAGACCCCGGAGAUACUCAAAGCGACAUCAAAGAUGACGAGGAAGAAGGAGGACGUGUGAGGAUCAAAGAGGAGGACAUUUUUAUGGAGAUCAGUACAGAUGGACGAUACAGAAGGUACAGUGCGAAGAAAUCUCCUGCUUCAUCUUUGAAUGGGGAAAUAGAAGUUGAUGACAUCACAGUGGAAUCCUCAGAAAGCAACCGCGUGGUCCCAAGUUCACAUCUGGUCCUUCCCGAAGGAGAAACCUUCCUGUGUUCUGAGCCUGGUGAAUCUUUUGGCCAGAGAGUGGACCUCCACGCUCCCCAGAGGGGUCAGCAAAAAGAAAAGCCCUUUCCGUGUUCCGAAUGUGGGAAAUGUUUUGCUCAGAAACAACAACUCGUCCGACACCAGAGAACUCAUUCGGCUGAGCAGCCGUUUUCCUGUUUGGAGUGCGGGAAAUGUUUCACCGAAAAAUGGAUGCUGGUUAAACAUCAAAACAGUCACUCCGGGGAGAAGCCGUUUCCCUGUACUGAGUGCGGGAGAUGUUUUUCCCACAGAAGAAAUCUUGUUUCACAUCAGAUGACUCACACGGGAGAGAGGCCGUAUUCCUGCUCGGAGUGCGGGAAAUGUUUUUCCCAAAAGUCAACUCUGACCACCCAUGCAAAAAUUCACACGGGGGUGAAGCCGUAUUCCUGCUCCGAAUGCGGCAAAUCUUUUUCCCAUAAAUCUUCUCUUAUUGGACAUGAAAAAGUCCACACUGGAGAGAAGCCGUUUUCGUGUACAGAGUGCGGGAAGUGUUUUUCCCUGAAAUCAAAUCUUAUUGCGCAUGAAAAAGUUCACACGGGGGAAAAACCGUUUUCAUGCUCCAAAUGCGGUAAAAGUUUUUCGAUGAAGUCCAACCUUCUGAAACACGAAAAAGUUCAUACAGGGGAGAAGCCAUAUCCAUGCCUGGAAUGCGGAAAAGCUUUCACCGAUAGGACCCACCUUAUUUUACAUCAGAGAACUCACACGGGCGAGAAGCCUUUUUGCUGUAACGAUUGUGGUAAAUUCUUUUCUCGGAAAUCGAAUCUUAUCGAACAUGGAAAAAUUCACAGAGGGGAGAAGCCGUUUUCAUGUGAAUGCGGGAAACGGUUCUCGAAGAAGUCCUCUUUUAUGCAUCAUAUUAGUUCCCACAGGGAGGAACUUCCUUUGUUGGGAGAUGGAAGCUGAAUUUCCUGUCUUGUAUCUCUAAUGCCGCGUACACACGACCGUUUUUCGCGAUGUAAAAAAUGUUUUUUUUUUUUU